AUGAAGACUUAUCUGCAAAAUUCGGAUUACAUUGUCGAAUUUGAGAAUAAAACCCUGGAUUCAAAAAGGGAGAUGGGCAUCCUUGCUGAGUUGGAUGAUAUGAAAGCAAUGAAGUCUAGGCAUGCAACUGUUUCUGUUGAUGAAAUGCUGGAGACUCUGCAGCACACCACAUCUGAUAAGGAGAAGAGGCUAGAAAAAAGAAGAUGA